CAAUCAAAAACAAUGUUGAAAACCAUGGCAACAAGGAACUAGCCGUUUGAAACCAGCUAAUGAAACGAUGCAUCAGAAUUCGUGAACGAGAGACAGCUACACUACUUUCAGGAAUAUUUACCUAUUUGAUACUGGAACAACUGCUGAAAUACAAUCGGAUACUAUCAAGAACACUUCUCGCUGUCGGGUUAUCGACAUGACUCACGCGCAGUGCAUUUAGGCCCAUAUGUUUGGAAAGGGGCUCUAAGGUUAGCAAAGUGGGCAGGUGUCCUGCGGACAACUAGUCCUUCCUAAGAAUUAGCUGUCAUGAAUUGUAGGAGAUUACUGAAGCACAUGGCCGAUUAUUUGUCAAGAUGAUUGCUGAAAUAUUUCUACUUCGGUUUCAAAUCACGACCAAUUUUCUCAAGAUGGUUACUCUGCUUGGUAUCCUUGCUCUCUGCAUAACAAUUGAAGCACAGAGUAAUUUGCUGAAUCCAUCCAUUCCACCACUGGCUGAUUCAGCAUUCAUAUCUGUGAGCAGUAUAUAUAAUGAAACAGCUAGCUAUUCACAAUCUUUAGUAACAGCUACAUCCACUGCUGCAGUCAAUGUUUUGGAUACAUCCAGCUUACAGACUUCAUUUAAUAAUGUGAACACUUCAAGUUCGACUUUUCAAGACAAUUCACUAAAUAGUUUUUCUAGUGCUGCUUUUUAUAAUACUAGUCCACUAGCGUUAGCUCAUUCAGCUAGCUCACAAUUUUUUACAACUUUGAAAAGCGACAAUGUCUCUCAAUUUGUAUCAAGCACUAUUGGAUCACCCUCAAACACAUCUCUUCCUGAAGCAACAGUUUCUGCUGUGUCAACCACACUUAAUUCCAGCCAAAUUCAAAUCUCAUCAACAAGCUUAACUUUGAUGGUAAAGAGGACGAAUCAAAUUAUGUCACCAAACGCUACUGCAAUAUCGAGCUCUAUUGCAGCAUCGGUGAAAACUACCACUUUUACCACAUCGUCCCUUGGAGUACCCACUGCCUCAACAAAUCCGAAUUCGUCGUCUUCCAGUUUUGCCUACAGUUUACCUUUAUCUGUCACCGUUUCAACUCAAAACACUUCGCAAAUCGUGAUAGGUACAGAACCAAUUCCUUCUCUUACAACCAUUAGCACUAGUUUCUCACAGACUCCCAUUUUAGAAACAAAUAACACCGUUGCAACCAAAACAAACAACCAGCAAUCGCCAACAAGAAUGACUGUUGCUAGUUUGUCAGCUUCACACAGCUCCAUUCCUGUAGCGGUGACAUCGUCAUAUCAUGCGAAAGCUUCUGUGUUAGUGCCACUACCGUCCACAACUGAAUCUAGCUUGCCGUUACUACUGCCUUCUUCAAGCGUUGCUGAUAUCUCAACAAGUUCUUUGCUCAGCGGCCCUGGCAGCUUAAACGCCUCUACGUCAUUUGACAGUACCACUUCAAUCUAUGCUUUGAACACCAGCUCAUCAGCGUCGUAUAAAACCGCAUUUUCAGUGAGUAACAUGAAUAACAGUGCAGCAUUUGGUACAGAAAGUAUCUUCAGCCAACCUAGCGUGGUGUCAAAAGUUAUUUCAUCCCUGGCAUCAGAUCUCCAAGUCAGUAAGACAUUAAAUAUUACGCUGAGUACUACCUUCGGGACACUUCCUCUGCCAAGCUCACCUACCUUGAGGGAGAUGACAACAAUAAUUGGACGUGGCAGUAAUACAAGCACUGUAAGCAGUGUGAUUCUUUCAGCUACAGUGUCAUCAAAACCAGAGAUGUCGAUUUCAAACUACAGUAAGGUACAACAAAUAAGCACGCCAGUUAUUGUUUCUCAAUCGUCGAUUCUGCCUUCAAUUCAAAGUAAAGCCGUUUUUGAUUCACAAGUGAGCAGCACACACGUCCAAGAAACAACUAUACUAUACAGAUCGCCAACUCCAGCUGUAAAUUCUUUAUCAGUUGAGAAUUCCACAAUAUCUUCUGCCAUCAAAGACACGAUCAUCGUCAGUCAAACUCGACAUAGUUCCCAAUCUACCCCAAGCAUAAGGCUGAAUGAAUCAGUAUCCUCGGCUACUAAUAGUAUUAUCACUGGAACAAGGUCAAGUUAUGGUGUUGAGCAUGGAUCUUCUAGUGUUGUCUACACGCCAAAAUUAUCUGCAAGCCAACCAGUGUUAUCUGCAUCAAAGUUUUCAUCUGGCCCGUUACAAAGCGCUUUUGUGAUAUCGACUAUAAUACCGUCCCAAGUAUUACAACCAACACCUAGUGCUCAAACAACUGCCGCAAUCAUCCACACGAACAAUACAGCAAAUGGAACUGCAUCAAUUGUGAAUGCUGGCGCUAGUAGUGCAUCGCUGGUCCUUUCCUCUGGGGUAGCUUCAACACAAACCGCCAGCUCCUUGUCUCUGUCACGUUUAACUACAGCAACAGCCACUAUCUAUAGAUCUUCUGUGCUAGUAGAUUCUAUCACUACAUUCAGCCCGUCGUCAAAUAUUCGCACCCCAGCUUUGGGAACAGAAGCGAUUGGUGGCUCCUCCAUUCGAUCUAGAGUGACAACAUUGUCUGUACCUGUUGGUUCUAGUAUUGCUGCUGGUCGUAUCUCAUCUCAGCCAGUAGUAGCAAGCAUUACUGAUCAGUCAAUUUACCCUUCACAAGUUACAGUCGUUGAACCAUUCAUUGUUUUUAGCUCACUUUACCCCUGCUGGAUUACUAUAGCGGUUAAUUCAACUCCCUCUGCGUUGUAUACCAAUCAAACACAGAACAUCGCAGCUGCUACUUUAGCAGAGACUCAGUCGAAACACACGGAAAUGCUACCUCUAAGCAUGAUUAGCAUUGCUACAACUGUCUCUCAAAGUCACCAGGCUUUCAGUACGCAAAGCUUGUUCUCUGUGUCUCAGAGCUCCAUUAAUCUGGUACCCAGUAUUCAGGGAAUUUCUGGUAAAAAGAGGAAAAGACGCGCAGUUAUAGAAAACAGUAACAAUGCAACAUUAAAUAUCAAUUCCAGUGAAUCAGCAACUCCAACGUCUACUGUCUUCAACUUCACCAUAAUAGCGCCAGUUGAACCAUUUACCUCCAACACGAGUUCCAAUUUUGUGCCAACUGCGACAUUACUUCAGAGCUUGCUGCCAAAUUCUACAUUUAUCCAUUCAGCGUCUAUUGAGGGAAGCCAGAAUCAGAGAACAACCGCUGGACCGGGCCAGUUAACGACUCAAAUAGCUGCUUCAAUUUCCUCCAACAUGAGUUCCAAUUUUGUGCCAACUGCAACACUGCUUCAGAGCUUGCUGCCAAAUUCUACAUUUAUCCAUUCAGCGUCUAUUGAGGGAAGCCAGAAUCAGAAAACAACCGCUACAGUUGGCCAGUUAACGACUCAAAUAGCUGCUUCAAUUGCCUCCAACAUGAGUUCCAAUUUUGUGCCAACUGCAACACUGCUUCAGAGCUUGCUGCCAAAUUCUACAUUUAUCCAUUCAGCGUCUAUUGAGGGAAGCCAGAAUCAGAGAACAACCGCUGCAGGGGGCCCUGUAGCAACUCAAAUAGCUGCUUAUAUUUCCUCCAACAUGAGUUCCAAUUUUGUGCCAACUGCAACACUGCUUCAGAGCUUGCUGCCAAAUUCUACAUACAUCCAGUCGGCGUCUGUUGAGAGAAGCCAGAAUCAGAGAACAACCGCUGCAGGGGGCCCUGUAGCAACUCAAAUAGCUGCUUCAAUUUCCUCCAACAUGAGUUCCAAUUUUGUGCCAACUGCGACACUGCUUCAGAGCUUGCUGCCAAAUUCUACAUUUAUCCAUUCAGCGUCUAUUGAGGGAAGCCAGAAUCAGAAACAACCGCUGCAGGGGGCUGUAGCAACUCAAAUAGCUGCUUCAAUUUCCUCCAACAUGAGUUCCAAUUUUGUGCCAACUGCGACACUGCUUCAGAGCUUGCUGCCAAAUUCUACAUUUAUCCAUUCAGCGUCUAUUGAGGGAAGCCAGAAUCAGAGAACAACCGCUGGACCGGGCCAGUUAACGACUCAAAUAGCUGCUUCAAUUGCCUCCAACAUGAGUUCCAAUUUUGUGCCAACUGCAACACUGCUUCAGAGCUUGCUGCCAAAUUCUACAUUUAUCCAUUCAGCGUCUAUUGAGGGAAGCCAGAAUCAGAGAACAACCGCUGGAGCGGGCCAGUUAACGACUCAAAUAGCUGCUUCAAUUGCCUCCAACAUGAGUUCCAAUUUUGUGCCAACUGCAACACUGCUUCAGAGCUUGCUGCCAAAUUCUACAUUUAUCCAGUCGGCGUCUAUUGAGGGAAGCCAGAAUCAGAAAACAACCGCUGGAGCGGGCCAGUUAACGACUCAAAUAGCUGCUUCAAUUGCCUCCAACAUGAGUUCCAAUUUUGUGCCAACUGCGACACUGCUUCGGAGCUUGCUGCCAAAUUCUACAUUUAUCCAUUCAGCGUCUAUUGAGGGAAGCCAGAAUCAGAAAACAACCGCUGCAGUUGGCCAGUUAACGACUCAAAUAGCUGCUUCAAUUGCCUCCAACAUGAGUUCAAAUUUUGUGCCAACUGCAACACUUCUUCAGAGCCUCCUUUCAAAAUUUACGUCUGCCCAGUCAGCUUCUGUUGAUGGAAGCCAGCUGAAACAUUCAACCCAAACAGCCAACAAUGUGUCCAGCCAGACAGGUGCUUCAUUUGAAUUUUACACUCCUGUUGUUACUUCAACAUUGUAUAAGCGCUCUGUAUCAAAUUCGGUAUCUUCAGUUGCGUCAGCGUCUGUUUUACGAAGCCAAGAACAAAGGACAUCAAAUAUAGCUGAAAACAUGAGCAACAUAACUAUUGUUUCGCUCAAUAUAAGUUCCACUAUUAUACCAACUGCGAUAGUGCCACACACCUCAAUUGAAAGUUUAGUACCAUCUCCAUCAGCAUCACUUUCAGGAAGUCAAAGUCAACAAACCACUCAAACAGUUGGCAACUCAAGCAGUAGGGCUUUUAAGAACAGUGUAUUUGUAUCAAGCGAAACACCCUUGUCCUCUUUGGUUAGUGAUUUAACAUCGUUGACAUUCCAUUCAAUAUAUGCAAGUGAAUCGAUGCAGUCAAAGAGUGCUAAGCUAACUGCAUACCCGGUUUCAUCAGAACUGCCUUCAGUGACGCCUGCCUUGAAUCAAACACCGUUGUCUUCAUCACUGGAUGCUUCAUCGUCAGUUCUUCAAAAAACAGUUUCAAGCUCUGGUAUUUCAUCAGUUGCAGGAACAGUAACCGUGACGUCAACUCUAGGUUUGUGUGUCGCAUACUAUACAAGUAAAGUUUUCCCAUCUAGCAUUGCAGCAUCAUUGUCUACAGUCACUCCUGCAUUGCUUAGCAGAACGUCAAUUGUUACAGGAACAGAGAGAACACUGGCUCUAUCAGCUUAUCUGACACCGUCUUCGGAGGCCAUUUCUUCUAGUUAUGUGUCAUCAGGGCCUAACGUCACUUCAGUAAGCAGACCUUCGCAACAAGUGCUUCCAUCAUUGUCGUCUCCAGAAAUAUCACUAGCCAUGACUGCAAAUCAAUCUAGGCUGCCUUUUUCAACAUUGCAGCCAGUAAUGUCAUCUAGUCUUGUGAUGCCUUUGAUAACAACAGCUAAAGAGCCAAUCUCCGGAAUAUUGUCCACGCACACAGCGGUGAUACCAACAGUAGAAACUGUCUCAUUGGCCAGAAUGCUGACAACAAGUCAUUUACAAGCCUCAACUGUUAUUUACUCUUCAUCGAUGAAAUUGGCUACUCAAACAAGCAGCUCGUAUCCAAGUUUCAGCGUAAUUGCUCCUUCUGUUUCUAUGGGUAUGCUGUCUGGCUCAAGUUUUACAUCGUCGGCCAUUCAGUUUUCCAUGACAAAAAUACAUACUCUUGGGCAAGCCAGUUCGCUAUCUACUCCACUAGCAGCAAGUUCAGCGCAAGUCGUGUCUAAGUCUUCCGACCUGACUUCAGUACCUGCAGCAGCAAGUUCAGCGCAAGUCGUGUCUAAGUCUUCAGUAUUGACUUUUACUCCAGUGGAGACUCAGUCCAGUUCUCGUCACGUCAUCUCGGAUGUUUCCACGCCUGUUACACUGCAGUCAUCCAGUUACCCAAAAACUUCAAGUUCAAGUCGAAUAGCACCGAUAGAAAGCUCGAGAAUCGCGUCUCUGAGAGUCUCAGAGGUCUCUUCUCACUCUAAAUCUCAAUAUUCAGCUGUUGCGUCAUCUGUAUUUUCAUCUGCAGCAAUCAAAAGUCAGUCAACACAAACCUCCUCAGCCUUACAAUCGUUGCCGACUUCUUCCGUACAAUCAAGACCAGUAGGAGGUUCUUCGAUGUCUGCAGUAUUCUCAGCCUCGAUUGGCAAGGCAAGUAUCCUUGUAACCACUGUUUCUAUAAGCACAACCAGAACUUUAUCAACCGCCGUAGCUAGAACGAUUGUCACUCCUCAGCCAACUCCUGCCAUUCCAACGACAAUUCCAAUUUUUCGCGCGUUGUGUCGACUGUUACUGAGUGUGCCUCUCACUGUCGAUUUCACUACGACGCAGUUUCAGAAUGACAUCGAAUCAAAUUUGGCAAAAACCUACGACAGGUUGUUGUUUCCUGCCCGCAGAAGAAAGAGAGCUGUCACUCAAGGAACAACAACUGUCAAUGUGACGGCAAUCAAACGCGAGGGAAACAGUGAGACCAUCGAAGUUCAGUUUUACGUAGAAGAAAACAACACAGUUGUCAGCGCGAGCAAGGCCAGUGCCACCUUAAAUCAACUGACGCCAAGUGCUCUUAGUCAGCGUGUCAAGUAUACGGCUUUGUCACCCGUCACGGCAGUUGAUGCAACAACUCCGGUUACCACCCCCCGUCCUGCUGAAAAUCUGUUGCUUGGAAUGGUUCUUACUGAUGACGUCAAGAACAAUAUUUCUUCUGGAAAUAACAAAGCAGUUUUUGAGCAGAAAAUGGCAAAUCAAUAUAAGACGAACAACAAACUAUCCAGUGAAGUCAUUUUUACUGUCAUCUAUAUAAAACAUGAACCAAAAAGCAUUGUUUACUUGGAAUUUUAUGUCAAUGUUUCUGGAGUGACACAAAACGCCACGGACGUUCAGUCAUCUUAUACUAACCCUACAACACGAGUGACUACUGCUACUCUAAGCGCCAUCUUGGGAAUGACGGUAAUUUCAUUGCCUUACGCUGUUGCAACAGUCGUAACUUCGCCAGUUUAUCAGGUGCAUAUGACAAUAAAAUCAGUCAGCUCAAGCACUAGCUUCAACAGUAGCGCAUUCAAGAAUGAUUUGGAGUUACGAAUCGCAUCGCUGUAUCGACUUGCGAAAGAUAUUACGGCCCGUCGUAAGCGAAGAGCAGUGACUAGCAUAUCUGCAUCGAUCGUUUCUUUGACUACAUCCACAAACAAUCAAGCUGUCGUUGUUUUCUUUGUGCUUGAUCGAGGUGAGGUCCUUGUUGGAGUGACGUUAGCUACAAUUUUAAACAGAGUUCAGGUGAAUCAGAUGUCAAGCAUUCUUGGGGUUGAGGUUGUCAAGGUUCCAACUGCAGUAGAAGUAGCACCAAAGAAAGCUUCGUCAGGUGACAACUUUUUGUGGGUAAUCGGCGUUGCCGUGGGAGCCUUCGUUCUUGUGCUUAUUGUGUUUGCUUGCCUGUACUGGAGAUGGACCAUGGGUGGGCCUAAGAGAAAGCUCGACAUAGAACAGAUUCAAAUGAAAGAUAAAACAGAAGAUAAAGGAAUGGGCUAUGGUGGCUACAGAGACAUUGCCAAGUAUGCAGAGGGAAGGAGCCAGGGAGGUCCGGCUCUUAAAACUACUACCUUCACAGCGCCCGCUGACCAAGAUGAGAGACCAGAUCUUUCAAGAUCGAUGAGAAGAAAGGUGAAACCACGUGAAACUCCUUCGCAGAAAGCCUAUGUUGCUCGUUCUGGAAGGCAAAACAUUGCAUACGAAGAGUCGGAGGAGGAUGAGGACGAUAUGGAGGAUGAUAUUGAAGACGACGAGGAUGAUUACGAAUCAGAUAUUCCUCCGGCAAAGACAACUGAACCCAAACGACCAGUAUCCGCUAAGAAGGCGGUUGAAGUGCAACCAGGGCCUAGCCGUGAGCAGAGGAGAAUUGCUGAGCCGGUGCAGAAAUCAAGCGAGGCACCAAAAACUAAACAUAUCGAAAGCGAGGAUGAAGAAACUGAAUCAGACGAAGAGAUUCCACAACAACAACAAAUGCUUGAGACUUCCAGAUCUGCAGCUGCUGAACUACCUCCACUUGCACAAAUGAAAGACGUCCAAGAAGCACCCAGCUACCCACCUGUCCGUUUCAGAACCAAUAUUGAACCAGAUGCACCAGCAACGGAACACUUGCCGCCCAUUUUGAAGCACACUUCAUUAACGGGUAGAAAGUUACCGCAGAUAGAUGUGGACCUUAAACAGAAGGCUGAUCUUGAAAGAAAUCGUAAUAAACAGCGUCAGAGAUUGCGAGCUUCGGGAAGGAGGCCAGGUACAAGAGAGGCUGAUUUAGAAACAACGAACACCAAAAGCAGAGAUUGGAGAAAAGCUCAGUCUGAUUUUGAUGCAAUUCUUGACCCAUCACUAUCUAUGUCAUCAAGAAAAAGUCCGAGGUCGCAAAAAAGAGCAAGGCGUCGAAACAGGCUCAGGAGAAGUCAUAAAGUGGACAUUGCGAUCGACGGGCCUAGAAAGAGGACUGAUGAAAAUGAAAAUGUAAAGUUGAAUAAUUACAUGAUGUUGAACAGCCCAAGUCAUAGUACAACGGUUGAAGAGUCUGAUGACACAGAAACGAAGAAAGAGCGGGAUUCAAACAUCGAAGAAGCGAGAGAAAGGAUCCACACUCUUCUUGACGAUGCGUUCUCAUUUCUUCAGCCGCAUCGAAAAACGAACAAGGAGUCGCCUAGGCCUAAAAUUGUAGAAGAGGCGAUGUCAGUACGGAACGAGGCACCAGUGAACCAAGCACCUAACCUCCCCAGCCGCUAUACAGUACCCGCACUCCCACCUCCUCCACACGGACGUGCCACUGCUCCUCCGCCUGGUGACAGAAAGCGGACAUUCAACUAUCCUGUUUAUGAACUGCCACCCGAACAUUCAAAUGGAAUGCAACCAUUAAAGCCAGUGUUGACAAAAGAGCCAAUGGUUGUAAUGGAUCGCAACGACAGAAGCAGGUAUCUCAGUCAGCGUCUCGGACAACCUACUUACGUAAGGCCUUACAGCUCAUUUGCAUAUCCAUUUGAGCAAUCGCCCAGUGAACAACCAGUGUACAUAACACCAGUAAAACAACAAGCCGAUGGCUUUGGUGGUGUUAUUUGGAGUCCAUAUGCCAACGAGGCAAUACGGGAAGACAUCAAUAGCAGCACUGCACCUCUUUUCAACACAAUGCCAUCACCCUUACCAGAGCGAUACAACAUACAGUCAACUCCAAUCGCAUCAACACCAAUGAAAAUGAAACAGCCUCGCCAUACGUCAGUCGAUAUGAGCACGUAUGGCUACGGAGGCACGCCGCAGCCGUUAAUACGCGCUAUAAAGGAUGAGCUAGUGAGACUUUCACAAAGUGCGAAAGGAAAAACUCAAAUCGAAGAGUUGCCAUCGAGUCAAACGCAUCCAUCGAUGAGCUAGCAGAUAGUUUAACCAAAAAAUAUAUUUUAUAUGCUCGACCGUUUUAUACUCUUGCGAUCCUACACGAACAGCAAGUUGCUGCCCCAGCUUGCCUCAACAUACCAAGAAAGCUGCUAACAUAGUUUAGUUUAAUUUGUCAUAACGAUGAGGGACUUUUCUAAGUGAGAUGUGGAUAUAGUUGACAAUCAUAGUACGUGACAUUUCUACGUGAUAAUUCCGUGAGAAUUAUGUAACUAUAAAUUAUAUAUAUAUAUAUAUUUAAAUUUGUUUGUAUUGUUCAAGUUGAUUUUGAUAUUUAUUCUGUUCAUGCUACGAUUUUUUAAUCGUAAUUAUUCUCUUUUGUUUUGAAGUGGAUGAAUUUUUAAGUUUAGUUAUGCUAAUUUCAAUGUAAAUACAAAACAACUGUAUCAUUUCUCUUCCUGAAAGCAAUCAAUAAUGGGUAUUCCUGAAUUAACUUCAAGUUUGUUUGAUGAUGUUCUUUUUGAUAAAAACUGCAUACUUUAUUUAUCUUCUUACUGAUUAUCUUCCGCUCCAGGUAGCUAAAAGUAGAUUUUCCAAGAAAAGUAUUUAGGAAGUAGACUGAUUGCUUUCAGGAGGACGUAGAUUGAUUGCUUUCUUCUUUGUUUAUGGUUUUUGAUAGAUCUAUGGAGAACUCGUUUCGUAAUAGGUACUUUAGUUAGAAUCAACGAUCCUUUUUUUAAAGUGCAUCGUUAAGAAAUGCAGAGAAGCUGUGGCUGGAGAUUUCAAGCUGCUUAUUAUUUUGCAAUUAUACAUCUACAAUUAUAUGUUUGCCAUUACUAAUGAAUGGUGUUUUGAAAAGUGUAUCAUCACUUUUAUCUAUUGGAAACCACGAGUGCAAACAAACCAGUCAAAACGAAAUUAAUGUCCUAGCCCUCUAUAAGUCCACAAGUUUUGCCAGUUACUUACUAAGGAUAAUACACCAAAGUGCUUUAAUCAAACCAUUUUAACUCUUUAUAGGACCACCUUAAUUUAAAAGAACUACCUUAUUUUGUUAACACCACCCUCUAUGGAAUGACCAUCUUAAUUGACUAGCUACCUUUAUUCAUUGACUUAUCUACACUGAUCAUUAAAACUCCACUAGUGACUAUCGUUUGUGUUGAAAAGGAAAGAAAUAUGAAUUCAUUCUUAUGAAUUAUAUUUCUAUAAUUUUCUUGUUAUCCAUACUAACUAGCUGAUUGAUGAUGAACUGGCAAUAUUCUUGUCUUACAGAGACCCUUAUUGAAUUUGUAGAAGAUUUUAACAUAAGCCCUCUCAAGUUGAAGAUCUAGUUGUUGAUUGUUUUUAACAAAUUUUGGAUAGAUGAAGACCUUCUUUAAUAAAAAAUCUUUUUCUCUGAAAUUGUGUACUGCUUUAUAAUUAAUCUAUUAAUGGCGUGCAAUACCUACGAUCUUUGCCUAGAUUAUCCAAUUCCUGAAAAGUGCAAGUAUCUUCCCCCCCCCCCCCCCAAACACAAAGCUCGUUGUAUAAGUAAGAUUUUUUUCUAAGCGUCAUUUGUCACUUUAAGCGUCAUUUCUAAGCGUCAUUUAAAUCGAUUUUUGUUUAAAGGGGAAGAGAAGUCUUGAAUGCAACCUGUUUCAAUCGACAUGUGUGUUUCAACAGAAUUGAGUAUUUUACUUCUCUCUCAGCAGGCACCGCGCAGCCAUUGGACUAGCAGGGGCUAUAGCCCCCCCCCCCCCAUUUUUUGGCAAUUAUAGGCUACAAAUUUUUUGGAAGGUUUACUCUAACGCAACUUUGGAUAGUUUACUCCUAUGUAGGAGCAGUUUUAUCUUUUUUAAUGAUAUUAUGUAUUUUCUAGGUUGGUUAGCUUGGUGUUUUGUUGCUCUCAAAAUGAUUUUAUCUAUUUUUAUAGUUAUUGAUAACUUCUCUGAAUAAGACUGUUUAUAAAAAUUGAGUAGAAAUGAAAAGCAUUUUCUAAAAGGGGUGUUUUUCAGCGUUCUGGAGGGCGUGGCCUCAAAAAAAUUUGGUCACACCCAUUUCAGCCCCUCCACUUUUAGACUGGUUCGCGGUCCCUGUCUCUCAGUGUGACAGAAAAUUUGCGACAAAGUUUCCUCCGUCUCUUUUCCCCAUAGCUAAGACACCUCAAUCACAAUGUUAAC